UGCCCAUGGUAUGUUUUAUGUGUUUUGGUGAUUGAAGUUGAAUUGUUUGUAUAGGACUUAUAUUUUGAAUAGGACUUUUAUUUUGACGCGCACGAGAUCGGAAGGCAAUGGAAGUUUGGAGCACACGGGCACCGUUCACAUGGCAACACUCAACUGUCACAGCAAACUCAACUUUAACGUGUUUUUUAACUUUCAAUCUCAUAGAAAGCAAUGACUUUUUACUCCAUUCAAUGUGGUCAAUAAAGGAGCAAGAAGGCUCAUUUUCCUGGCUCUUGAAAAAGGAGUUUGGCUCGCUGCUUAAUUUAUAUUAACGCUAGGAAGCAAAAACAUAUAGACAGAGCAGUACAGUAAAAAGUCAUUACCAUCAAAGAGAUUUAUGCUAGUUAUGGAAACCCAAGCAGCAGAAAAUGCACCAUCAGUGUCCGGAUCCAGGCACUCGUCUGCCUCCAAGUGCUCAGUAGCCGGCGCAGCAGCGAGAGCCAGAGGCAUAGCAGAAGCCGCGCGUGCCAGAGCUGCAUUCUCACAGCAGGAGCUGGAGCUAAAGAUGCAGAAAGCUAGAUUGGAAGCGAACCUGCAAGCGCUUGAACUUGAAAAGGCAGCGGCUGCUGCCAAUGCAGAGGCUGAAGUGUUAGAGGCGGCAGCUCAAAUGGAGUAUGAUGACAUGCUCAGUCCCAAGAGUGCCAUCACACCACUGGAGGUACAGCAGCGGACGGAGGCGUACGUGGCACAGCAUACACAGGCCAGCCCCGCAUACACAGGCCAGCCCCUCAACCCCAAUGCUCCCCCUCCAGACAUAUCUCCUCCUCUCAGUCUCAAAGAGUCACCACCAUCGAGACACACCCCUGUGUUAAGCCCCACAUCUGCCCAUGAUGCCCGAUCUGUUCACUCAGCCACACAGCACAGUGAGUACUUGCCUGCGUCAGAGCACCAGCCCCAUUUACCUCGAUGCCCCACCUCAUACUCUUACUCUCCAUCCAGAGUCUGUCAGCAGCAAGGCUGCUCCCCAGGCAAACAUGUGAGCUUCCAAGACCAUUCAUCUAGGAAUAACAUACAGAGCCCUCCUUAUGUCAAUCAGGCCCCUGACAUGAUGGACUUUGCUAAGUAUCUGGCCCGCAGGGAGUUAGUUACUACAGGGCUAAAUAAAUUUGACGAUCAGCCUGAAAGUUUUAGAGCAUGGCAGUCCUCCUUUUUUAAUGCUACUCAGGGCCUAGAGUUAACAGCUAGUGAAGAGCUAGACCUGCUCAUUAAAUGGCUAGGAAAGGAGUCCUCAGACCAUGUCAAAAGAAUCCGGGCAGUGUAUGUCUCUAAUCCCCAAGCUGCAUUGCAGUUGUCUUGGACAAGACUUCAAGAGUGCUAUGCCACCCCUGAAGUGAUAGAGAGUGCACUAUUCAAGCGGCUGGACUGUUUCCCUCGCCUCAGUUCAAGAGAAAACUCAAAGCUGAGAGAGCUUAGUGACCUGCUCCUGGAGCUGCUCUCAGCCCAAACAGAUGGGUACUUACCUGGCCUCAGUUACCUCGACACACCGCGGGGAAUCAACCCCAUCGUCGAAAAGCUGCCACAGAACCUACAAGAUAAAUGGCUGUCUACUGGUUCAAGAUAUAAAGAACAUCACAGAGUCUGCUACCCCCCAUUCUCCUUCUUCGUUGAGUUCGUCCGCUGCGAGGCAAAGGCCAGGAAUGACCCCAGCUUUAUCCUGCCCAACAACAGCUACAGUCAUCACCGCAACGAAAGGGCUGCAGGGAGACAGGAGAGUGUGAGGACCGCCAUAUCUGUCCACAAAACCGACGUGGCAGCAACAGCUAAUGCACACCUGACUUACAGAGCAGAGAGAGAAGUGAGGGAUCCAUCUAAGAACUGUCCACUUCAUGACAAGCCGCACCCUCUGGAAAGAUGCAGAGGUUUUAGAAUGAAGCCGCUUACAGAACGCAAAAGGUUACUAAAAGAAUAUAGAAGAUGUUUUAGGUGCUGCUCUGCUGUUCACAUGGCCAAGGAAUGUCCUGUGAAGCUGAAAUGCAAUGAGUGUGAAAGUGAGGAACACUGCACAACCAUGCAUCCAGACACCACCCUGUCACCAGCAGCGUUUCCUGUUGCGGAGCCACACACAGAACAGCAACGCAGCUUUCCUUCAGAGGUGACUUCCAGGUGUACAGAGGUCUGCGGAGAUGGUCUCCCGGCUCGAUCCUGUGCAAAGAUAUGCCUGGUGCAGGUCUUCCCACGAGGCGAAAGAGAACGUGCUGUGAAGAUGUACGCCAUCAUUGAUGACCAGAGCAACCGCUCACUGGCCAGGUCUGAGUUUUUCCAGCUCUUCGGCAUCCACGGUAGCCCUGCUCCUUACCUGCUGAGGACCUGCGCUGGCACCACUGAAAUGGCUGGGAGGAAAGCAGUCGGUUUCCAGAUAGAAGCAGUCGACGGCCCAGUGAGUCUGGAUUUGCCCCCACUCAUUGAGUGCAAUGAGAUCAUGAGCAACAGGUCAGAAAUCCCCACAGCAGAGGUGGCUCUUUCUCACACUCACCUGAGGCCUGUGGCUCCUCAUAUCCCAGAGCUUGACCCUGAAGCACAGAUUCUCAUUUUAUUAGGGAGAGACCUAAUCCGUGUUCAUAAAGUGAGACAACAGAUUAAUGGCCCUAACAAUGCACCUUUUGCCCAGCGCUUGGACUUGGGGUGGGUCAUAGUUGGGGAAGUUUGCAUUGACAGUGCCCGCAAGCCCACUGUUGCUGUCUUCAAGACAAAUGUCCUUCAUAACGGACGUCCAUCGUACCUGACACCGUGUCAAAAUCACAUACACGUCAAAGACAAGGCAAGCUACGGCGGGGAGCAAAGACAUGACCUCUCCAGCCACUCUCUCGUCAACGUGCGCCCUGAGGACAAGCUUGGACUUGACGUGUUCAUGAGAACAGAUAACAACCUGACGAAGGAGGUGGCGGAGUACCGCAUGCGAGUGCAUGUGUUCGGCAAUAGCCCGUCGCCCGCGGUGGCUAUAUAUGGACUUCGGAAAGCGGCCCAGGAGGGCGAACAGAAGUAUGGAUCCGACUCACGCCACUUCGUGGAGAGACACUUUUAUGUGGAUGACGGGCUCGUCUCACUGCCGUCUGAGUCUGAGGCCAUCGAUCUACUCAGGCGCACUCAAGCAUCGCUGGCAGAGUCAAACCUCAAACUGCAUAAGAUAGCCUCAAACAGUGUCACAGUAAUGCAAGCCUUCCCACCUGAAGACCGGGCUGCAGGCCUGAAAGACUUGGGCCUGGACGACGGAGCUUUGCCAAUGCAAAGAAGCCUGGGGUUGUGCUGGGACAUUGACUCUGACACCUUUACAUUCAAGGUCGCCGUCAGCGGCAAACCGUUUACCCGCCGUGGAGUCCUAUCCACAGUCAACAGUCUUUUUGACCCGCUGGGUUUCGCCGCACCUGUGACCAUCAAGGGACGUGCACUGCUGCGAGAACUCUCCACAGAGGUCCACGAUUGGGACGCUAAACUUCCUGCAGACAAGCUGAACAAAUGCUUCUUGCUGGGCCAUCGGCGCGGUGGCUUACCUGAGAGUCAUCACAACAGAUGGGCAGUGUAG